AUGGAAGAUGCUGUGUCUGACAUCACGUCUGCCUCCAUGAAGCUCCUGGCCAGUUCUGAGAUCGCUGCUGCCUCGGUAGCUGAGAGGAGGCUCAUGCACGCCGUCCAACACCUAGAAGACCGAACUGAAGAAUCCUCACUCGCUCCCGCCGAGGACAUUCUAGAUUCCCUGGCGGUUCCUGAAGCUAAGGUAGAGGAGGAAGUGUUAUCUGUGGAGGGGAAGUGGCAGAAGCACCAGCUGCAGAAGUCUUGGAAACUGAAGAACCCUGAGCCAGAGGAAGUGGUUGCUGAAGAGACCCCUGAGCCAGAGGAAGUAGUUCCGGUUGUCGUAGAGGAAGCUCCAGCUGCUGUUGCAGAGGAGGAGACGGCUGCGGCUCCCGUAGAGGCUACAGAGCUCCCUGCCACUGUGGAAGCACCUGAGGCUGAGGCUUCUGCCACUGUGGAAGCACCUGAGGCUGAGGCUUCUGCCGCUGUGGAAGCACCUGAGGCUGAGGCUUCUGCCGCUGUGGAAGCACCUGAGGCUGAGGCUUCUGCCGCUGUGGAAGCACCUGAGGCUGAGGCUUCUGCCGCUGUGGAAGCACCUGAGGCUGAGGCUUCUGCCACUGUGGAAGCACCUGAGGCUGAGGCUUCUGCCGCUGUGGAAGCACCUGAGGCUGAGGCUUCUGCCGCUGUGGAAGCACCUGAGGCUGAGGCUUCUGCCGCUGUGGAAGCACCUGAGGCUGAGGCUUCUGCCGCUGUGGAAGCACCUGAGGCUGAGGCUUCUGCCGCUGUGGAAGCACCUGAGGCUGAGGCUUCUGCCGCUGUGGAAGCACCUGAGGCUGAGGCUUCUGCCGAGGAGGGACCAAUAGUAGAGGAAUUUUCCCCAAAAGAGGCUGCUCCAGUCGAAGAGGCAGCGCCAGUUGAGGCAGAGUUACCUGCAGCCGAAGAGGUAGCAGUAGUAGUGGAGGAAGCCCCAGUGGAGGAAGCCCCAGUGGAGGAAGCCCCAGAAAUGGAGGAACCAGCAGCGGCAAAGGAGGCCUUGGAGACAGCCCAAGUGUCUGAGGAUGAGGCGCUCGUCGUGGAGGCGGCGAUGCUGGCAGCAGCCUCAGCCCUGGAUGUCGAGGCAGUGGAGGCAGAGGCAGCCCCGGCUGAGGAAGUCAAGGAGGCCCUCUUCACUUCAUGCCACCAAUGUGAAGCCCCAGCUUCUGAGGCUGAUGUGGCAGUCACCCCCAUGGAGGUUGUAGAGGCUGCAUCUGUGGGGGAAGUAGAGGCUCCCCCUGCUGGUGUGGAGGAGGCAGUCGUCGAGGGUGAGGCAGUGGAGGUGACCGCAGAGGAGCACGCCACCGAUUGGCCUGCUGAGGUGACCGCAGAGGAGCACGCCACCGAUUGGCCUGCUGAGGUGACCGCAGAGGAGCACGCCACCGAUUGGCCUGCUGAGGUGACCGCAGAGGAGCACGCCACCGAUUGGCCUGCUGAGGUGACCGCAGAGGAGCACGCCACCGAUUGGCCUGCUGAGGUGACCGCAGAGGAGCACGCCACCGAUUGGCCUGCUGAGGUGACCGCAGAGGAGCACGCCACCGAUUGGCCUGCUGAGGUGACCACAGAGGCAGUGGAGGAAGCCAAGGUGGAAGGUGCACAGAGUAUGAGCCUGAUGUUGCUGACAGCCCAGUCCUGACUGGAGACCAGCGAGAUGUGCCUUCUGGAACAGUCAACACCCACAGCUGUCAAUCAAACAGGACGAUCAACAUAAAACACACACAGAAUUAGAACUGGUUUGAAUUUAAUUCUAUAAUUCUAUUUAACUCAUUAUAUAUUUAACUGUUGUCUAAUGACAACCGUUGUCAACCCGGUAACUACAUUCCCGGUUCUCACUCAGUUUCUUGGUCUUGUAUUUUUCCCUACCCAUGGUGAGGUGACACUUCUGUAAGGGUUUGAAGUCUGACUUUAUUCCUAGGGUUCAGACCCAAAUGACACCUUAUACCCUAUACAGUGCACUACUUUAGACCGGGGCCGGGGGGAAUAGGGUGCCAUUUGGGAUGGAUAACAACUAUUUCUCAGUACCACCCUGUUCCCCAAGGUGUCACUGUUACCAAGCUGACAAAGACCACUUGAAUGUAUUUGAAGUUACGUGAUAAAUUAUUGUGUACUUGACAUCGCCUAAUGAAAUCUGACUAUUUAGUUUUUGAUUCAAUGAAAUAAGAUCUGAAUUGUUGUAUUAAACAAUAGGCCAUUAGACAACAUCUAGAUAAUUGUGUUCUUCAAAGACUGUUGAGUAAGUUCUGCAUGGAGUUUUUUAUAUCCAAUCAGGGAACAUCUAGAUUAAGUUUAGUUCUCAAGCCAGUAGACUGUUGGUAGACAGUGUUGUACCCAUGUGAUGUAAAAAAUAAAAAUUUUUUUUUCAGUCCAAUAAUAAUUUAUGUAAUAGCUUUGCA